AUGACGUCCAAAAAAGCCAAAACCCCUGUCCCUAUACAACCAGUCCCGGAAAAGCGAGGCUACGAGUUCUUUGGCCCGUACGGCGCGUUUGCGAUCACCUUCGGUCUCCCUGUCCUCCUCUUUGCCUUCACCUUUCUGUGCAACGAUGUCUCCGGUUGUCCCGCGCCAUCCCUCCUACACCCCUCCACCUUGACGCUCGAUAAAUUGAAGGAGGAAGUUGGCUGGCCCGAGGGAGGAAUCUCCGCGCUCUACGAUACCCGGGUUCUUCUGUGGGUGCUGAGCUAUUACCUGCUGCAGCUAGCGCUGUACAUCGCUCUACCAGGGCCGGUGGUGGAGGGGACCGAACUGGCUUGCGGAGGCAGACUGCGAUACAAGUUCAAUGCUUUCCCUACCGCUGUGCUGAUCCUGUCCGGCUUGGCUGCUGGUACCUACUUGUAUGGCGCCGACUUCGUCGUCUGGACAUUCAUCUGGGACAACUAUCCGCAGGUCAUCACCGCGAACUUGAUCAUCUGCUCGUCGCUCGCGGCUUUCGUCUACCUGAAGAGUUUCUACGUCCCAGCACCCGGCAAGCCCAACCCUGAGCUCCGGCAGCUGGCCCCCGGCGGACACUCCGGCAAUGUGCUGUAUGACUUCUUCAUCGGACGUGAACUAAACCCCCGAGUGCGGCUCCCGAUUCCGUUCAUCGACGAGGCCUCUCGAACAAUCGAUAUCAAGGUCUGGUGCGAGAUGCGCCCUGGCUUGCUAGGAUGGAUCAUCAUGAACCUGUCCAACAUCGCCCGCCAGUACAGGACAUACGGAUACGUCACCGACUCCAUUGUCCUCUCCACCGCACUUCAGGCGUUCUACGUCCUGGACGGUCUUUACAUGGAGCCCGCGCUUCUGACCACCAUGGACGUGAUCAUGGACGGCUUUGGCUACAUGCUCUCAUUCGGUGACCUCGUCUGGGUUCCCUUCGUCUACAACCUUCAAACCCGGUACCUCGCGAUGUUCCCCUACGAACUCGGUCUGCAGGGCGUCGCCCUCGUCCUCGCCCCCACAGCCGUGGGCUACAUGAUCUUCCGCGGUGCGAACAACCAGAAGAACCGCUUCCGUACCAACCCCAACGACCCGCGCGUCAAGGACAUCAAGUGCAUCGAGACUGCGUCUGGGUCCAAGCUCAUGACCUCCGGCUGGUGGGGUCUAGCCCGGCACAUCAACUACCUCGGCGAUUGGCUGAUGUCGUGGUCUUACUCGCUGCCCACCGGAAUCUCCGGCUUCGUCAUAAUCAACAGCGUCAACCCAUCUACUGGCGAGGUGGAGAAGCAAGCCGUCCAGACGCCGGAAUCCCGUGGUGCAGCUCUCCUCGUCACUUACUUCUUCCUGAUCUACUUUGGUGUCCUCCUUAUCCACCGUGAGCGUCGUGAUGAGGAGAAGUGCAAGAGAAAGUACGGCAAGGACUGGGAUAGAUAUACUUCCCUUGUUCGCAGCCGGAUCAUCCCGGGUAUCUACUGA